AAGCUUGGCGGCUGAGUUUUGGAGAUUGUAGAUUCGUAGUUGCUGGUUGAAAUUUGUAAUAGGAAGUUGGAGUAGCCGCCCGUCCCCAAGACCCUAAUACAAGACCUAAGCCUCGAAAAUGGCAUGAAUUCAGCCGGAAGUGGUGGAGUGAGCGGAGGAACGCGAUUGGAUCUCUUCAUUCGAUUGCAAGCGGAAGGUCGAUCUACAGAGGAAGCAUUAGCGAGGAAACGGGUCAAGACGAAGAAGUGUGUUGAAGCAGGAGAAGAGGGAAAGACAUUUCGGGAGGUUUUCUAGUCGACUAGGUUAGCGCUAGUGCACAGAGCUUUGCGGGGGGAACCCAGAUAUGGAUACGGGGGGAAAUUCUCUCCCAUCUGGGUCUGAUGCAGUCAAGAGGAAGGUUUGCUAUUUCUACGACCCAGAAGUGGGAAAUUACUACUAUGGUCAAGGUCACCCCAUGAAGCCCCAUCGCAUUCGCAUGACUCAUGCUCUUCUCGCCCACUAUGGAUUGCUUCAGCAUAUGCAAGUCCUCAAGCCCUUUCCUGCCCGCGAUAGGGAUCUCUGUCGCUUCCAUGCCGAUGAUUAUGUCUCUUUCCUAAAGAGCAUCACCCCUGAAACCCAACAAGAUCAGCUUCGUCAACUUAAGAGAUUCAAUGUUGGGGAAGAUUGCCCAGUCUUUGAUGGUCUCUUUUCAUUUUGCCAAACCUACGCCGGUGGAUCUGUUGGUGGGGCUGUCAAGUUGAACCAUGGCCUGUGUGACAUUGCUGUCAAUUGGGCGGGUGGCCUCCAUCAUGCCAAGAAGUGCGAGGCUUCUGGUUUCUGCUAUGUCAACGAUAUUGUCCUUGCUAUCUUGGAGCUUCUUAAAACGCAUGAGCGAGUUCUCUAUGUGGACAUUGACAUCCAUCAUGGUGAUGGGGUAGAGGAGGCCUUUUACACAACCGAUAGGGUCAUGACUGUUUCAUUUCACAAGUUCGGGGAUUAUUUUCCUGGUACAGGAGACAUACGUGACAUUGGAUACGGGAAAGGAAAAUACUAUUCGCUUAAUGUGCCAUUAGAUGAUGGAAUUGAUGAUGAGAGCUAUCAUUUUUUGUUUAAACCCUUAAUUGGAAAAGUAAUGGAAGUCUUUAAGCCUGGUGCUGUGGUUCUCCAAUGUGGGGCAGACUCGUUAUCUGGGGAUCGUCUAGGGUGCUUUAAUCUCUCCAUUAAGGGCCACGCGGAGUGUGUUAAAUUUAUGAGAUCCUUCAAUGUCCCAUUGUUACUGCUUGGUGGAGGUGGCUAUACAAUUAGGAAUGUUGCACGAUGCUGGUGCUAUGAGACAGGGGUGGCACUUGGGAUCGAAGUUGAUGACAAAAUGCCACAGCACGAGUAUUUUGAGUACUUUGGGCCAGACUACACUCUUCACGUUGCUCCUAGUAACAUGGAGAAUAAAAAUUCUCGUCAGUUACUUGAGGAGAUAAAGUGUAGACUUCUUGAUUAUCUCACAAAGCUUCAACAUGCCCCAAGUGUUCAGUUUCAGGAGAGACCCCCUGAUACUGAGAUCCCAGAAGCAGAUGAAGAUCAGGAUGAUGGUGAUGAGAGAUGGGAAGAUUUCAACAUGGAUGUUGAUGAUGAUCGCAAGCUUCUGUCCGGCAGGGUUAAGAGAGAAGCAGUUGAAGCUGAGCCAAAGGAGUUGGAGGGCCAGAGAGGAGCUGCUGAGCAUGCUAGAGGUUCAGAGGCAAUGGCCGAUGAAACUGCAAGUGCGAAGCCUCUAAAUACGGUUCCAAUGCAAAUGGACGAAGUGAACGUGAAAGUUGAGCAGGAGAACGUGAAGCCAUCAGAUCAACCUUACCCCAAACCCUAAACAUGCCAAGAACACACCAGUUUCCAUCUAGCAUGUGUGUCAGGAUAGAUGAAUACGAUUUUGGCACAAAAGUUCUUUGUUAUUUCAGGUACUUGAAAGGACUGGAAUAUGCUUGUCUAACUAACUAGCAUAUAUGUUUCUGUAUAGAUGAAUAUGAAUUCGGCCUACAGAAGCCAACCAUCAAGUGCUUGUAACCCAGGGACCUAAAGGAACUUGAAUUUGUGCUUGCCUCCUACUUGCCCCUUUAUUCUUCAUAGUAAAAAAUGUUGGGCUUUCAAUCAUGUCACAGAGUGGUUCUCUGUGCCUGCUUAUAUUCCUCUAUAAACUUGUGCAGGUUACGGAAGUAAAAUUCUGUGGUUUCCUGUAUUUA